GUCCGAUUUAAUACAUGUACCCGUGCUCGAGAUAUCAAGUAACCUCCGAGAUUAACCAUCAACUUCGUCCUGGUCCCAGUCAACUCCACAUUGUGAGUUGUAGUAAAAGAUUGGAAUACUAAUUUACGAGCAGCUCAUUGCGUCGACACGAUCAGACGUAGCCUGAUGUGCAAAGCUGAUCUAGCAAUAUAUACCGCUUACUGGAUUGGAGACCAGAACGCUCUUCCCAGCAAAGAACUUCGGUCAAAUUCGGAUACCGUAUGCGUAAAUUGGGAAGCCGUUGAGGUAUGGUCGAGGGCGAGGAGUUUGCCAGCGGGUUACAAGGUCAGGCCCGGUCCGUUCGAGAAAGACCAACAUGCAUCUCAGGGUACCUCAGGUGAUAAUCAACAUACCCGUGGGACGUAAGGGAAAUCCAUGACUACCUAAGGUACCUAACCUACCUACCUAUGUACCUACCUAAGUACGUACCUCGGUAGCAUUCAAUGUACCUAAGAGUUACAUCUUUUAUGUGCAACCAUCCCAAGACUUCCAAUCACUUAGGCAAUCAACGUCUCCCUUUACAGCUAUUUCUUCUCAUACGCCCCCGCCAUCUUUACGAUUCACU